CUAGAGCCCAAAGAUGAUGCAAUGCACCCAAGAAACACUACUCCGACCGACCAGGGCUCGUUAAUUCAAAACCCAAAAAAAAGGGCGGCAGAGAGAGAGAUACACCCAACACAGAAGAGACACUCCUCCAUUUUCUCUCUGUGAUAAGGAAGGGGUUCGAACUCAGAAGAUGUCGGUGGGAGUUAGGGAGCUCACGGUGCUCGGCGUGUUCAAACCCUUUGGCUUAAUCGCCGAAGCUCUCGACGGCAAGCCCACCCAUCAACUCCCCCAUAACUACUCUUACUUUCUUUUCCAUCCCCAACUCACCAAACAAAGAGACGAAGCCGAUGGCUUCAAUGCUUCGUCGUCUUCCACCGACCGCAGCGAUCACGAGCUUUUCUUCAGAGCAAAUCGGAUAAUAUGGAGUACGGGUUCACGAGUGUAUAAGAGGUUCACCUUGCCCUCCUCAGUGAUUAUGGCAUGCUGGUGUCAUAUGGGUGAUAUGUCUGAGGCAUCACUUUGUGUUCUACAAAGUGAUAGUUUGACAAUCUAUAAGACAACAGGUGAAGAAGUAUCAAUUCUUCUUCCCCGUAUUGUCACAUCAAUAUGGCCUCUUCCAUUUGGUUUACUCCUCCAACAGGCAACUGAGGGGAGUUUACCAACAUAUGCUCCUUUUCCAUUGUCAAGCCCGCCAUCAAGUGCUCGUGAUAUAUUAUUCCGUCCAAAAGGAGACAUUGGAGACAGUGCUCAACAUAAUUAUACUUCACCGUGCAUAUUUGAUUGUAUUAUUAAGGGAGAUGAAGCUUCAGUCUCCUCGCAUCUGAUUUUGAAGGAUCUGCUGGAAGAGCCUCAGGUAACUCAUAUUGAGGAAAGGGGAAAGGUGAGCAUAAUGAGGGAAUUUGACGAAAGAACGAUUUGGACUAGUGAUCGUAUUCCUCUGAUGGCAUCAUUUAAUAAAGGGAAAAUGCAACACUCUCUGUGGGUUGUGGAAGUUGUUAACUCUAACCUUGAAAUGGGAAAUUCUAAAUCAUCCGAUGUAGUUCCUUCUGGGGUGUUACCAAAACAGUUCUCCUUCAGAAGGAUAUGGCAGGGCAAGGGUUCCCAGACAGCUGCUAGUGAGGUAUUUUUGGCAACUGAUGAUGAUGCUACACCUAUUAUUUGUUUACUUCUCCAAGAACAAAAAGAGUUGUUGUCAGUGAGGCUGCAGAGUGUAGAGAUAAAUAGUGAGAUUCUCUAUGACAUAAAACCUGACAUGAGUUGGAGUGUACCAGCAGUUGCUGCAGCACCUGUUAUUGUAACUUGUCCGAGAGUGAAAGUGGGACUGCUGCCAUGCGUAGACAUCAUGGCUUUGACAUCAGAAAAUGCCCUUCUUCUUUAUUCUGGGAAGCAAUGCCUGUGUAGGUAUGUGUUGCCUUCUUUUUUGGGAAAAGAUCCGGUUUCACAUACUUUGGAGCCUUCAGAAAUAGCCUCUGCUCUUCGUGAUCUAAAAAUUGUUGGAUUGGCUGAUGCUGUUGAAGGACGUGUCAAUGUAAUUGUGAAUAAUGGGCAGAUUUACAGAUGUACAUUGAGAAGAAGUCCUUCGUCAUCAUUGGCAACUGAUUGCAUUGCAGCAAUGGCUGAGGGGCUCACUUCUAGUUCCUAUAAUGAAUUUCUUUUGCUUCUAUGGGGCAAUGGUGAUUCUGCUUAUUUAGCUAAGCCAGAUUCUAGUGUUGAUUCAGAGUGGGAGUCCUUUUGUAGUGUUAUAAUGCAAAUGUGCAGAAGGCCUAUCCCCCAAAGGAUUUCAGACUCAGGUUUACAGUCAUCGUGGGAGUUUCUUAUCAACAGUGAUUUUCACAAGAACUAUAAAAAGAAAUUUUGUAUUGGAUUUUCUCCCAGAACAUCACUUGAUCUGAAGGGAUCAGAUUCAUCUGAAUUAUUUCUAGAUAGUGCACAGUCCCCUGCUAAAUCAUUAUACACUGAGCUAUUGAUGGAAACUCUGGAUGCUUUACAUGCAUUAUAUGAAAGUCUGAAACUAGACAAUCUUCGCAAACGGGACUUGGGUCUUCUGGUGGUUCUACUUUGUAAUAUAGCUCAUUUCCUAGGUGAAGACAGCUAUUUGGACCAUUAUAUACGCGACUUUCCUCGUCUAUCAAAAAACUUUGGGAUAUGCCGAACCUCAUUUUCCCAGAAAACUCCUCCUAGUUUAUUCAGAUGGCUUGAAAACUGUUUGCAACAUGGCUGUAAUGCUGCUAAUAUUAGUGAUCUUCCACUUCUCGUUCGUAAAGAUGGAAGUUCUGCAGUAAGCUGGGCCCGGAAGAUAGUUGCUUUUUAUAGUCUAUCAUGUGGUGCAGAACAGAUAGGGAAGAAACUCUCAUCUGGUGUUUGCUGCAAUAUUGCCUCUGGAUCUUCUUGUACCCGUGAGGAGUUAACAGUCUUGGCAUUGGUUGGGGAAAGAUUUGGGUUGCAACAGCUAGACUUGCUGCCUGCUGGUGUCUCUCUUCCUCUACGACAUGCCCAGUUAUGGCAGCUUGCUCAAAGGACUACUGCACUUCCUCUUGGCCGUGGGGCAUUUACUCUCGCCACCAUGCAUACUCUUCUAACAGAGGCACUCACAGUCCCCAAGCUUGUUUUAGCAGGUCGGUUGCCAGCCCAGCAAAAUGCUACGGUUAAUCUAGAUCCAAAUAUAAGAAAUAUACAAGAACUUAAAUCGUGGCCUGAGUUUCACAAUGCUGUAGCUUCUGGAUUGAGACUUGCCCCUCUCCAGGGUAAAAUGUCUAGAACAUGGAUAAUAUAUAACAAACCUGAAGAGCCAAAUGUUGUCCAUGCAGGACUUCUGCUGGCACUGGGGUUACAUGGACAUUUGCAUGUCUUAACUAUAACCGACAUAUAUCAAUAUUAUUCACAGGAACAUGAAAGCACAACCGCAGGAUUAAUGCUUGGCCUUGCCGCAUCAUAUAGGGGAACUAUGCAACCAGCAAUAUCAAAGUCCCUUUAUGUACAUAUACCAGCUCGCCAUCCGUCUUCCUAUCCAGAAUUGGAACUACCAACCCUUCUUCAGUCAGCCGCAGUUUUGUCUGUUGGGCUUCUUUACGAAGGCUCAGCACACCCCCAAACGAUGCAAUUUCUUAUGGUACAAGGAAUUAACCCAUUUUAUCAACACCGUCCAUCAUCUCGACCAAACCGGUUCUUCCACGAUUGUCUCCAACAACGGUUUCCUCGACCUGUACACGGGCAACCUACGCUUCAUAAACUCCGCCGCAUAACCAUCUCCCAUGUCCUCCUCCUCCUCAUUCUUCCGCUCCGGCGUCACCCUAACAAUUUUGCCGUCGCCGGAGAUUUUUUUGGCCGCGAGGAAGAGUGGGCCCAAGUUGGCGGCAUUGAUGACGGAAUUGAGUCUCUUCAUGGGGAACACGAGGUAAACGUUGGAAGCCUCAAGGUCUUCGUCGGCGUUGAGGGCUCAGAAUCUCCUGCCGAUUUGGCUAUUAUUCUUCUUCAGGAGAGAUUCUCAGCAUCAAUUGAUGAUCGCAAUCACAGUGCUGGGCAGAUGAUGGAUGGGACUCCAGUCAAUGUUGAUGUCACUGCUCCUGGAGCUAUAAUUGCUCUGGCUCUGAUGUAUUUGAAGACUGAAUCGGAGGUGAUCGUGUCGAGGCUUUCUAUUCCAUGUACUCAUUUUCAGUUGCAAUAUGUGAGGCCUGACUUCAUAAUGCUUCGUGUCAUUGCACGGAAUUUAAUAAUGUGGAGCAGGGUUCAUCCUUCUGAAGAUUGGAUUCAGUCUCAGAUUCCUGAAAUUAUCCAAAAUGGUGUCAAAAGGCUCGGAGAUGAAAUGGGUGAUAUUGAUGAAACUGAUGCUGAAGCCUUUGUUCAGGCAUACGUCAAUAUAGUUGCUGGAGCAUGUAUUUCUCUUGGGUUGAGAUUUGCUGGUACAAAAGAUGGAAAUGCACACGAGUUGCUUUACAAAUAUGCUGUCUACUUUCUCAAUGAGAUAAAGCCGGUAUCUGAUACUAGUGGAUAUACCUUGCCAAAGGGACUGUCCAACUAUGUUGAUCGGGGCACAUUGGAGACAUGCCUUCACCUUAUUGUUCUUUCUCUUUGUGUGGUUAUGGCUGGUUCUGGACAUCUGCAGACAUUAAGGUUGUUGAAAUUUCUUCGCAGCCGAAAUUGUGCAGAUGGAUAUACUAAUUAUGGUAUUCAGAUGGCGGUAAGCUUAGGUAUUGGUUUUCUGUUUCUUGGGGGUGGAAUGCGGACAUUUUCAACUAGCAACAGUUCUAUUGCAGCUUUGUUGAUCACCCUUUAUCCCCGCUUACCUACUGGACCAAAUGAUAAUCAAUGCCACCUUCAGGCAUUUAGGCAUUUGUAUGUCCUUGCAACGGAAGCUCGCUGGAUUCAAACGGUUGAUGUAGACACUGGUCUACCAGUUUACGCCCCCCUUGAAGUUACAAUUCGGGAAACUGAACAUUAUGCAGAGACAAGUUUUUCUGAAGUCACCCCUUGCAUUCUCCCUGAACGUGCUAUUUUGAAGACUGUUCGUGUUUGUGGUCCUCGGUACUGGCCUCGAGCCAUAGAGCUUACUCCUGAAGAGAAACCUUGGUGGAGUUUUGGUGACAAGAAUGACCCAUUUAAUUCAGGUGUCCUCUAUAUCAAACGAAAAGUUGGAGUUUGUUCAUAUGUGGAUGAUCCCACAGGAUGUCAAUCACUGCUGUCACGAGCAAUGCACAAGGUCUUCAGCUUAACAAGUUUGAGAGCUGGUACUCCAUGCAGCAAUGAUUGUCUUGGUGCAUCCACUGUUGAUCAGCUGGUCGGUACCUUCUCAUCCAAUCCAAGCUUAGUUGCUUUCGCCCAACUGUGCGACGACCCUUCCUGGAAUAGCAGAUCUGACAAUAGCUUCCAAGAAUUUUGCUUGCAAGUGUUAUUAGAGUGUGUGAGCAAAGAUAGACCGGCCCUCUUACAGGUUUAUUUGUCACUAUACACAACAAUUGGUUCUAUGAGCGAUGAGGUUACUUGUGGUAGUUCCAUUUUAGGUGACUCACUCUUUCUCUCCAGUUUGAAGCUUGCAAUAGCCUACUAUGAAGCUUUGCUAUGUGGGAAAAUUCUAACUUCAAGAGUGGGCAUUGUUCAAUCUCAUUUCGUGGGUUCACUCAGGAAGCGAGUGGAAGAGCUUCUGAAUUGUUUUCCGGGAUUGAAAAGUGAUUUAUGUAAUUAUUUGGAAUCAGGGAGAUGGCCAAGUGAAAUUUCCGAGGAAGGGAAGGCUUCAACAUUUCUUUCUUGGUAUCUCCAAUGGUACAGCGUACCAGCUCCAAACUUGAUUAAAGCAGCAGUGGACAAAAUCAAGCCCAUGCACACAUUCACAUCAAUUCCAAUCUUGCAUUUGUUAUUCCCUAGAACUCACUUCAGUGCAGUUUGUGAGAUCGAUAGGUUCUUGCUCUCUUCCUAGGUCAAUACUGGGCUUGCUUAUAUCUUACUGUUGUGCAAAAAUGAAACCACUAAAUAGAAAGAAAGAAGGAAAUUUAUUAAUUAUUUAUUUUAUAUUUUGGAAUCCCGCUCUCAAGUCGCAAUUUUUUUGUCUACACUCCUAGAAGUCGGCAUUCUUUCAUCUCUUAGUAUAGAGAGUUGUUUUUGGUUCAGCUAAACUCAGUAAUUUCAGAAGAGCCUUUUGUAUAAUUUGGUAGAUUGUACAUGAAACCAUGAAAUGAUUUUUGCUCAUGAAUGAAUGAAGUUGGGGGCUUUUUCCAUAUUAAGCCUACCUACUAA